GCCCCCAGCCGGCCCGGUGCGGCGGUUAAUGGUUGCGGUCGAGGACCCUUCGGAUGCCCCUGCUAACGGGGGUGUUCUUGAUCGUGAUUGGUUCUAUCCCUCUUUCCUUGGUCCGUACCCUUCACGCCCGCGCGCCUCCGCGAGGGCCCGUCCCAAACCGGAUCCACCUAAGGUAGAGCAUCUACCACCGCCGAAGUUGCCGGUGACUGACCGGACUUUAGAAGCGAAUAAGCAAAUCUCAAAGCCCGAGCUAACGCAAUUCGAUAAGGAUGCCCUGAAGGUUUUACCGGAGAAGGAGAAGAGGAAGCUUAUGGUUGUUCCCUGCGCCUCAGCUGUAACGUCGAGAGCAGCUCUUCGAACUAUUUGCAGGUCAUUUAGUUACAUCUUUUUCUGGCAGCUAGUUAUGGUUUCAGUAGUUUCAUGUUCAGUGGCAGUUCAUCAGCGAAUAAGAGUCCUAGAACUUGAGGAUAAAAUAAUUAACAUUAGUAUGAUCUGUAAUGGAGAUGGUAAUGGAGUUGAGGGCUGGGCAGAUGACCAAAUUUUGCAAUCUGAGGAUAGGUUUUCUGAUUCUUAUUUGGGAAUACCUGAUAGCAGGACAGUUGCAUUGUACACGGUGACGUUGUCAGUAGUUUUACCUUUUAUUCUGUUGAGAUUCCUUGAGCACAUACCUAGCUUAAGCUCUUAUUUGAAGGGCUCGAAGAAUAAUGAGGAGGAAGUUCCUUUAAAGAAGAGGAUAGCAUAUAGGGUGGAUGUGUUCUUCUCUAUGUACCCAUAUGCUAAGCUUCUGGCCCUGCUUUUUGCUACCAUACUUCUCAUUGGAUUUGGUGGGUUGGCACUGUAUGCAGUGAGUGAAAGCAGCCUCUCUGAGGCUCUCUGGCUUUCUUGGACCUUUGUUGCGGAUUCUGGGAACCAUGCUGAAAUGGUUGGUUUGCGGCCGAGAGUUGUCUCUGUAUCAAUCAGUUCAGGGGGCAUGUUGAUCUUUGCCAUGAUGCUUGGGCUUGUGUCGGAUGCAAUUUCAGAGAAGGUUGAUUCUUGGAGGAAGGGAAAGUGUGAAGUUAUUGAGAAAAAUCACAUUCUAAUUCUUGGGUGGAGUGACAAAUUGGGAUCUCUUCUUAAACAGUUAGCAAUUGCAAAUAUGAGUAUUGGCGGCGGAGUUAUAGUAGUUCUUGCAGAGAGAGAUAAGGAGGAAAUGGAGAUGGACAUUGCAAAACUAGAAUUUGAUUUCAUGGGGACAUCUGUCAUAUGCAGGAGCGGCAGUCCUCUAAUUCUAGCUGACUUGAAAAAGGUUUCAGUUUCCAAGGCACGUGCUAUCAUUGUUUUGGCAUCUGAUGAAAAUGCAGACCAGAGUGAUGCACGGGCUUUAAGAGUUGUUUUGAGCCUUACUGGUGUUAAGGAGGGCUUGAGGGGUCAUGUUGUGGUAGAGAUGAGUGACCUAGACAAUGAGCCUCUGGUGAAGCUUGUCGGAGGAGAACUUAUUGAAACAGUUGUUGCUCAUGAUGUCAUUGGACGUUUGAUGAUACUGUGUGCCCUCCAACCUGGCCUUGCACAGAUAUGGGAGGACAUUUUGGGCUUUGAGAACGCUGAGUUUUACAUCAAAAGAUGGCCUCAAUUGGAUGGCUUACGAUUUGAAGAUGUACUGAUUUCUUUCCCUGAUGCUGUUCCAUGUGGUGUUAAAGUUGCUGCAAAUGGUGGAAAGAUUGUAAUAAACCCUGAGGAUGAUUAUGUUCUUAAAGAAGGUGAUGAGGUCCUUGUUAUUGCUGAGGAUGAUGAUACUUAUACACCAGGUCCUUUACCAGAGGUGCAACCCGGUUUCUUACCACAUGUAUUUAAUCCUCCCAAAUAUCCAGAAAAGAUCUUAUUCUGUGGUUGGCGUCGUGACAUUGAUGAUAUGAUUAUGGUGUUGGAGGCAUUUCUUCCUCCAGGCUCUGAAUUAUGGAUGUUCAAUGAUGUUCCAAUAAUGGAAAGAAAGAGGAAGCUGACAGAUGGUGGGCUUGAUCUUUCAGGACUCUCAAACAUUACAUUAGUCCACAAAGAGGGGAAUGCUGUAAUCCGUAGACAUCUGGAAAGUCUGCCUUUGGAAACAUUUGACUCUAUUUUAAUUCUUGCAGAUGAGUCUGUUGAGGAUUCCGUUGUUCAUUCUGAUUCAAGGUCCUUGGCAACGCUUCUUCUUAUUCGAGAUAUUCAGCUUUCCGCCUUCCCUCUAAAGGAAGAGAAAUCAACAGCUCUACGGUAUUCAGGUUUUUCUCACAGCUCCUGGAUCCGGGAGAUGCAGCAGGCUUCAGACAAGUCUAUCAUUAUAAGCGAGAUUUUGGAUUCAAGAACUAGGAAUCUUGUUUCUGUAUCUAGAAUCAGUGACUAUGUCCUAUCAAAUGAACUAGUUAGCAUGGCACUUGCCAUGGUAGCUGAGGACAAGCAGAUUAAUCGAGUUCUUGAGGAGCUUUUUGCUGAAGAGGGAAAUGAGCUUUGUAUUCGUCCAGCAGAAUAUUAUCUAUAUGAACAAGAAGAGCUAGGUUUCUACGAAAUUAUGGUUAGGGGUCGGGAGAGGCAUGAGAUAGUAAUUGGGUACCGUCUGGCCAAUGCAGAGCGAGCAAUAAUAAAUCCUCCUCAGAAGAUGGAGCGGAGAAAGUGGUCCCUUGAUGAUGUCUUUGUUGUUAUCUCGUUAGGUGAUUGAGGUUUACAGAAUGCAAUACAUUGCAAGAUAAGUUUCUCUCCUUAAAACUCAUAGAUUUGUACAAAUGUGAAACCUUCAUCUCACUAAUGCAUUACUAAUCCCAUUUUUAUCAAUUAGUUGUAUAUACUCCACAUGUUUUUUGCCUUUUAUUUUGUAUACUUUGAUUAGGAUAUAUAUUCUUU